ACCACGAUGAUCCAACUUCUAAAAUGUAAACUUUCAAAUUUCUGUUGUUUGGUAUGCGUUAUUGGUGCAGACUGCAGAGGCUAAAGAGUUAAGAGAGUCGAGUCGCGAACGGCGAGUGAGUUAAAGUAGACGUGGAAUAUUGAACCUUUCAAAACUGUACAUUGUCCUUUCUAGUAUUUUCCGCAUUCCCUUCGUAUAAGUUUUUAAAGUGAAAUUUUGAUAGUCAGUGCUGGAUGUUAUACGAACACUUGAUUAAAUGAAAAGGAAUCGACUUCAUCAUGAAUAAUUUUAUCAAAGAUUUUUUUUCCCUUUCGCCUGAUAAUGAAGUAACUGGUACCAGUCCUGAAUCAAGAGCAAUAAAAAUGGCAUUUAAAAACUCUGAAACUAGACUAGACCCUUUAGUAGCUCAAGGAUUGAGUCCAAUCGAUAAAUUGAAUGAUGACUGCCUGCGACUUGUUUUUCAGUAUCUUCCAAUUUUCGACAAAGUCAGGAUUGAAUCAGUAUGUAAACGAUGGAGAUCACUCAGCAAAGAAUCUUGGUACACAUUUAAAAGACUCGAUUUAUCUUCUUUAACUUGGGGCUGGACAGAUAAAACUAAGGUGAAGAGUAUAGAUAAUUACGUUUUUGAGAAACUUUUUCGGCGCUGUGGACAAUAUCUCAAAGUCGUGGAUCUCUCAAUGCGAAAUUAUCCUACUCAUAAAACAGGUUUAUUUCAGAAUUUGAAUCUGGAAACAAUAGAAUUGAUUUGUCAGUUAUGCACAAACAUGCAGGCAUUAAAUCUCACAGAUGUGGAGAUCGAUCAAAUGAGGACUCACAGAUUUAUGAGUCGAAAAAGAAGAUACAUGUUCCUACGUGCUUGCGAACAAAGGAGGAGAUGUGAACAUCCCACUUUACGUGAAUGCGAAAGAGAAUUUUGUUUUUGUGAACUUGCUGAAGCCAGGGAUUAUGAACAUCCAAUCGACUCUGCACAAUUAUCAGAAGAGGAAGUUCAUGAAAUGAUGGAGGCUUUAAUAUCAUGUUGCCACAAUUUAACAAAAUUUGGAAUGGGAAUGCGAUAUUUGGGAUAUUCCUCUGAAGACUUAUUUAAACUUUUUGACAAAAUGAAGAAUGUGAAAGAGCUUAGACUUACAACGGUUCAGGGGAUUAGCCUGACUCAUUUAUCGUUUGACACGAUUGAAGAGUUGUUCCUGGGAGCAUGCAAUGGAAUUUAUCCUGAUCAUUUAUGCAAUGUUAUCGAAAAAUUCCAAAAAUUAAACACACUCGUGCUGGACACGUGUCGUUACAUUGAUGACUUAGGAAUGCUAAAACUAUUGUCUCAAGCUGGUACCUUAAAAAAUUUAGGGUUAAUCGGCGGUUCCCAUUCACUCUCGGCAAGAGGAAUUAAAUGCAUUCCUCAAUUAAUUCACUUGGAGAAACUAAAUAUUAAAGGAAACAGCUUGGUUGACGACGAAUUUCUGGAAGCAUUAGCUGUGAAAUGUGAACAGCUUACGUACUUGAACAUUUCCUGCUGCGAGAAAGUUACUAACAACGGAGUCUUGAGUAUUUCAACCCUGCCGCAUCUCCAACAUCUAAUAAUAUCACAACUGACCUGCGUGAGUGACAGAUUUCUAGGCAGAAUUCACAACUUAAGAGUUCUAGACUGUCAAUAUUGUCCACGAAUGAGCGAUGAGGGUCUUGGUAUUUUAGUUGAACGAUCUCCCGAGCUCAGAAUCUUAAUUCUCGAAGGCUGUAAACUCGUUACAGAAAAACUACUCGACGUGGCAGUCGAAGCUACCGAGUCUCGUUCAAACAACGUCGUCUUAAAAAUCAGCAUAAACAGCAAUGCAAGUCCCGACAUUACAAAAUUCAACCAAGCAUCGCCCUUAUUGCGCGUCGUGAGUAAAAUCACGCGCCAAGAGUCUCGCAGAAUGGAUUUCAAAGACGAAUAUUUCCCUAUCGAGGAAGACAAUUUCGUAACUUCUGAAUUCUCGAAUACUGAGAUUGAGAAAUUCAUUUCUUUAUAAAAAGCAGAGUUAAAUCUUUCUUAUCAAAAUUGUUUCCUUAAAAAUUUGUAUACACGGAAUGCAAAUUUUACAAUUUGGGAUUUAAAGAACUUUAAAUUCAUUGAUUUUGUUUCAGUUCAUUUAUUACAUAUAUAUUGAAUAUUUUAUUUUACAAUCUAUCCGUUUUUUAAAUGAAUAAGCUCAAUACUAAAUUUUGCAUAUCCACGAAAGAACAUGUUUUAGCGAUAGGAAAAUUCUACAAAAAUUCUUUAACCACAAAGAAAGUCUGACCUAAAUCUGUUAGCAAUAUUUGAAGAAUGGCCUAGAAAAAAAGAAACUAGAAACGAAAAGUUCGACUUGAAAAGGCAAUUUAUUGUGUAUUUUCUCAGACGCAAAGGUGACUUUCUUCUCAUGAUUUAAUCGCAUUGUAGAGUAAGAAAGACUUCACUUGUUUUAUGGCGGGUUUCCAACCCCGUUUACUCGUCCAAAGGGCCCGUUUUUGUGUGAUGCUGUUCAGAGGAAGAGUCGGUUGUUGUCGUUUCGACGCGAGAAAAAAAGCUGGCACUUAUCACAGCAAAGCGAUUGCGUUCAACCGUGGCUCUUGCUAGAAGCUUUCCACUUAGUGUGAAAUGCUUCGAUGUGCUCGAGAUUAACUCCUGAAACGGAAAGUUUUAAGCUGAUUAUUACACUAAUAAACUUACAAAGCCACAGACCAUGAUCUCAAAGAAUUGAAUAUGUACAUAUUUCAAAUGUCUAUAUUUAUGAUUAAAAAUGAUGGUCAAUUUUUUAAGACUCAAAUCGAUACCUCCAUUUUAAUAGAACCCUUCUCGGAGUGUACGUUUAAAAAAACCACUCUGGUGUUGGUCGUGAAAAAUAAUCAGUCGGCUUUUUGAGUCGGCCCCUAGUUUUAGUACGUGUACCCGAUAAAUAGUAGAUAUGUUUAGCAAUCCAUACUCUGUGCUUUAGUAUAUUAUUUCGAAUUAUUUUAAAUUCUUUUCAGUUCUUUGUGCUCUUUUGAAUGACUUUGAUGGCUUUUACACUCAUUCAAAAGAAAUUCGGAAAAUUCAAUGAGUUUGGAUGAACUCAAGGAAUUCGGAAAAAAUCCAAUUAGUUUGGAUGGAAUUCUAGAAAUUCGAAAGAAUUAAAUGAACUUAGAAGAAUUCAAUGAAUUCUGGAGAAUUCAGAAGAUUCUUAGAAUCCAAGUAAUCCAGGGAAUUCAGAAGAUAUCAAGGAAGCUAAAUGAAUUUUUUUAAAUUUAACAGUUUGUAAUGCUAUUGAAAAGAAUCCAAGGGAAUUAAAAAUAACUCUAAAUCAAAUACUAAACCAGACAGUAUUGAUUACUAUACCUGUCUGCUAUUCAUCGCGUAUGUGUACUAAAGAGAGGGGCCAACUCAAAGAGCAGAGUGUUCAGUUUACACGACCUACAUCAGAUUUGUCGUUUUAUUUUUAGACGUAAACUCUGAGAGGUUCUUUUAGGAUGGAGGAACCGCUGGAGGUAUCGUUAAAGUGAAUUUUGAGGACCUGCACUUUUCGCUAAUCCUUCGGGACUGACAGUAAGUGUCUUUUGGUCCUCGGCGCUGCAUCCGGUGAGUAAGGUGACGACUGGAAUUUCUGAGUCGCUGGUCAAGCCGACUUUAGAUUGUUGGGUGAGAUAAUGGCAGCACUCGAUUAUUUGGAAGUAGAGCCAAGCCUCCUUAUCUUUCGAUCUGGGACCUUUAAUUAGAGGUAUUGGUAAUCGCUCAUGAGGCCUCUGCGCCCUAAGAAAUCGAGAUCCACGUCUCAAUUGUCCUUCCAACCAUCUCGUGGCUUCUCUCGCUUGAGCGCUCGUACGCUUGACUUCGUCUAAAGCAGAAACCACUAAAAGCACAGAACAUUAAAAAUUGCUCAGCAAAAUUUGAUUAAUUGAUCACCACUUUUUUCAACUUUGUCUAAUUAGUAUUAUUAAGUUAGUAUUUUUUGUAUCUUUGGUAUGUGCGACUGAGAAUGAUUCAAGCAAUGAAUACGGGAUGAGUUAUUAUAUUACGAUAAAAGAUUGAUGAAAACGUGUACAAUGGGUUGAAGACGUGUUUUAUUUAUGUGGUGAUUUUAAUGAUACUAAUAAUGUAUACAAUGAUUCACAUUCAGAAGAAUAAAACUUGUCGAACGUC